AUGGAGAAGCAAACAAGGUACGUCGAUCGGGAGAUCUCAAAAAUUUCUCUACACAAUUUCGACAAUCGAAUCGACGAAAUCACAGCCCAGCUGUGCUCAGCCGCCGAAAAUGUCGGUUUCUUCGCCAUCAAGGACCACGGCUUGGCCGACUCUGACAUCCAGGACAUGCUGUCCACCGCGGAGUCGUUCUUCCGCCUCCCGGAUGAUACCAAGGCCACGGUGCCCUGGAACCCACAAAAUGUCGGAUGGGAGAAGUUGUCGCAAGUACGGCCCUCCACGGGCGCGGCAGACCAGAAGGAGUCGUACCAAAUCCAGUUUGGCGAGAACAUGAAAGGCCUUUGGCUUGACGACGGCACUCUCCCCGGAUUCCAAGCCAAGACUCUGGAGUUCAUGCACAGGGUGCAGGAUAUUUCGGAGAAGCUCAUGAUCUGCCUCGCUCGUGGACUGGGGUUCGAGGACAAGUACUUCAUCAACUGGCACGACAUCGCGCGACCGAACUCGCAAUCAACGCUGCGUAUGCUCCAUUACUACGAGACGCCAAAACUGAAUGACGGCAAAGUUUACCAUCGUGCCGGCGCCCAUGCCGAUUGGGGCUUCCUCACGCUCCUCUUCCAGAAGCCGGGCUACUCCGGUCUCGAGAUCUGCCCCGGCCGCGAGGCCGUUACGGAGCACGCUCUCGGCGACGAAUGGACCAAGGUCGAUCUCGAGCCUGGGGUCAUCGUGUGCAACAUCGGAGACUUGCUCAUGAGCUGGAGCGACGAUCGCUUCAAGAGCACGUACCACCGUGUUAAGGCACCUUGUGAGGAGGGAGACUUUUACGGCGAGAGGUUUAGCAUUGCGUUCUUCAACCAGCCUUGCAAAGAUGCGAUCAUUCAGGGUCCGAAGGGGAAGUAUCCUGUGGUCACGGGGGAGGAGUUCAAUCGGAACGCGAUGAAUCGGAUGUAUAAGGCGGCGCAGGAGAAGUUGGCUGCGAUAAAGCAGGCGGAGGAACAGGGACAGGGAUUGCCCAGCGCAAGGGCUCUUGAGGCAGCAGCGUAA